AUGGUGCAUCUGUACGAGGUGAUCUCUACUGAACAACACUUGUUUAUUGUACUGGAACUUGUAGAUGGUGGGAAACUGUUUGACAAAAUUGAGACAAGCACGACCCGGAGACUGACAGCGGCCGAAGCAAGAGAAUAUUUUCAGCAGCUUACAUAUGCUCUGGCUUUCUGUCACAAUACCGGUAUUUCCCAUAAAAACUUAAAGCCAGAGAAUUUGUUGCUGCGUGCUGAUGGAAGGCUUAAAAUAUCAUAUUUUGGACUGAGUGCACUGUCCCAAGAAGUUGGAAGAGAUGGGAUGGUUUGUUCUAGUAUACCAUGCGGUGCGCCACAGUAUAGGGCUCCAGAGAUGGAAGCCCUCACGGGCUAUGAGGGUGCACGGGCUGACAUCUGGUCAUCUGGUGUUAUUCUUUAUUACAUGUUGGCUGGUUAUCUACCCUUCAACAGUGACAACAUUAGGAUCACAUAUCUAAAGACUUGUGUGGCUGAUUUCACCUGUCCUUCAUUUUUCUCUCCAAGUUUAAAGAGACUAAUUAAGAGAAUCCUUGAUCCCAAUCCUGCUACUCGGAUUACAGUUGAUGCGAUCUUUAGGGAUGAAUGGUUCAAUGGUGAUACUGUGGAUCAUCCUCCUCCUCUAUUAGAUCCUGUCGCUGCGGAGGGGCAAGAUGCAGGGUCUACAAUACAUGAAAUCAAGAAUUCAUAUGAUAAUACACGUAUCCCUUCCAUCUUCAGAUGUGAACCAUUACUGCGAUUAAUAAAUGUACUUGCUUUAAGGGAAAGACGUUUCGUGGCCAAAUUUUGUAAGAGUGAGAUAAUUUCAGCAUUGGAAAAAUCUUUAAGAAGUAUGGGUCUUCGUGUGAAGAACGUAAAGUUGGAGAUUCAAGGGAGGGUUGGACCCGAACAAAAAACUCUAUCUAUAUAUACAAAGAUUUAUAGGGUGUCCUCGCCUCCCUUUCACCUGGUUGAGAUUUGGAAGACUGGAGGAGAUGCUCGGGAUUUUGACAAGUUCUACGCGGAACUAUGUGAUGGGAUGAAGGAGAUCAUUUGGGAUGAAGGAAGUGAUGGCUAA